AUGGACAAUACUGUUAAUAAAAAUACAAAUGUGGACGAUAAAAUACGAAAUAUUAAGGGAAAAGUUUUAGAAUGUAAAGAGAAGCUAUUGAAAAGCGAAUUUUGGAGUACACUAAUAGAACAUCUAGAAAGUCAAAUUAUAGAAAAUUGGGUCAAAAAAAGAGUAUGCUUCAGUCCAAGAUGCACUUUGAGGAGCGGUUGCAUUUGCCACAGUGAUAUUUUGUUCGUUAUUGGUCUAGGAAGUUUGGAGUCGAACUUCAAUUAUAAUUUUUCUUCAUUUUUCCAGCUUGCAGCAGUGGCUGCCAUAAAUGAACGCAUAAAGCUAGAGGGAAUCUACUUUUGCGACCCAGAAUUUACCCAAAUUGAUAGAGAACUUAUUUUUGAAUUAUUUAUGACAUUCGACACUCACAUUGAAGUAUUUACAGUACAUGAUUUAAGUAUACCUUUAAACACAGUUCAUUACCAAUUAAAAAAUAAAUUGUAUGGCAGGGACAGUCACAUAAAUAUAUUAUUUUUUAUGCCACACUGUGAUCGCUGUGUUUUUGGAAUGUUAAUACAUUACUUCAAUAUUGGCGAAGGAAAAGUGUUAUAUUCAGACUCAGCUCGGAUGAUUGUAUGGGGAAAUAAUUUGGAAACUUUCAAAAUAGAUUCAAACAAAAAUUUUAACAAAAGGUGUGAAUAUUGCAAAAUAUUGUUAUCUACACUUUCAAAGAUUGACUAUAAAAAGACGGAUUUUCCUGUCGAUAAUUAUAAAACCGUAUUUUACAGUUCUUUUAGUGAUCUUUCAAUUUAUAAUCUUCCACUAAAUAAUUUUAUAUAUUAA